AUUCAGGUCACGUAAAAUAGAAACUGAAGGGACUUUUUCAAAAUCUACUCUAAGAAAACCCUAACUCGCUCACUCAAGCAGAACGGCAAAAGAAAAAAUUUUCAUUGAAGAAACUACAACGAUUCGCAAAUGGCUUCACCUUCAGACAGAAGUGACAAACAACCAGAAACUGGCACAAACCAAAAUAAUCAACAACCAGAAACAGACACAAAUCAAAAUAAUGAACAACCAAAUACAGUUGUUGGGAGAAAGAGGAAAAAAACAUCAACUAUUUGGGAAGAUUUUGAUGAAGAAACUAAGGAAGGUGUGAAGAAAGCCGUUUGCAAAUAUUGCAAGUCAGAAUAUGCUACUGGGGGAUCGGGAGCUAGCACUAGUCAUAUGAGAAGACACAUCGCGGCUUGCCUGAAAAAGAAGAUGCAUGAGUCUACUCAAAAGAAACAAGCCACCAUUCCAUUUCAACCUUCGAAAUCAGGAGGUAACCCCUUUAUUACUCCUGGUGCCAGAUAUUCAAAUGAAAAGAUGCGAGAAAUACUUGCAACUGCUAUAAUGGUUCAUGAAUAUCCUUUUAGUGUUGUAGAAGAUGAUAUUUUGAUGUGGGCUUUCGAAUAUGCAAACCCAGAUUUUCGUAAAUUUUCUCGUAAAACAACAAGUAGUGAUUGUAUGGCAUUAUUUGAGAAUGAGAAGAAAGAGUUGAAGAAGCUUUUAGAAAGUGUGAGCAAGAUAAGUUUAACCACAGAUAUGUGGAAAUCAAGUCAUCAAGUAGUUGAGUAUAUGGUUAUCACAGGACAUUUCAUUGAUGCUGGAUGGAAUCUUCAAAAAAGAGUUUUGAGUUUUGUGAAAGUGCCUGCACCAAGGCGUGGUAUUGAUGUGGCCGAUGCUAUAUAUAAAUGUUUGAAAAGUUGGGGGAUUGAGAAUAAGGUUUUUUCAGUAUCUGUUGAUAAUGCUUCUUAUAAUGAUUCAUGCUUAAGGUAUCUUAAAGAUUAUUUAUCUCUAAGUAGUAAAUUAAUCCUUGACGGCUCUUUGUUUCAUGUAAGGUGCUGCGCACAUAUAUUAAAUUUGUUAGUGCAAGAUGGCCUUAGUAAAAUCAAAGACAUCAUUUUCAAUGUCCGUGAAAGUGUCAAAUAUAUUAACCACAAUGAUGCAAGACUGAAGGCAUUUUGUGAUGUGGUUGAGCAGAGAGGUUUAAAAGAAAGGAAACUCAUCAUUGAUUGUCCAACGAGAUGGAAUUCUACCUUUAAUAUGUUGUCAAUUGCUUUGAAAUUUAAGAUUGCAUUUGCAGCCUACAAAGAAAGAGAGCCUCAUUAUGAUUUGGCUCCUUCACCUGAAGAAUGGAACAAAGUUGAGAAAGUUUGUAAACUUUUAGAAGUAUUUAAUCGUGCUACUCAUGUGAUCUCAGGUAGUGAGUAUCCGACUGCAAAUUUGUAUUUGUCAGAAGUUUGGAAGGUCAAACAAAUACUUGAUAAUGCGGAUGAAGAUGCAGAUCUAUUUAUGAGAGAAAUGGCAAACCCAAUGAAAAUAAAGUUCGACAAAUAUUGGGGGGAGUGUAAUCUGUUGAUGUCUAUUGCUAGUGUUUUGGAUCCUAGGUGCAAAUUUCAUAUGGUGCGUAUAUGUUUUCCCACAUUAUAUAAAUCAAAAGAAGUUGCUGACGCGAAUAUAAAGAAGGUCAAGUGUUCAUUGGAACAAUUAUAUGAUGAGUAUGUGGCUCUAAGUUUGGAAGAGUCUUCAGCUACGGCUAACUUGGAUAGUACUAGUAAUCCAUCAUCCUCCCAAGCUAAUGCUGCAGUUGUCAGAACCGGGUUUGAUGAAAUUAUGAGUAUUAUUCAAGAAAAUGAAGCCAUUCCUCCAAAAAAAUCAGAAUUGCAAGAUUAUCUUGAUGAAGGUCUUUACGUUCCUAACAGUACCUCCUUUUGUGCUUUGGACUGGUGGAGGAACAACAGCAUGAAAUAUAAGAUUUUGUCUAAGAUGGCAGUUGAUAUACUAGCUAUUCCAAUCUCAACUGUGGCAUCUGAGUCCACAUUUAGUGCUGGAGGUAGAGUUAUUGAUGAACGUCGCACUAAACUAAGUGAAGAUUCUGUAGAAGCUCUAAUAUGUGGUGCGGAUUGGUUCCGUCAUAAGUAUAAUGUGAAGAAAAAAUUACAGGUUGAAAAAGAAGAGACACAUAUCAUCUUGAAGAUUUGAUAUCACUUUUGUACCUCUCUUGGACUCUAAAAGUGUUUUGCUAGUGUGUGUUUAAGGAGCUUUUGAUACUUGGUUCUAGAAUUGAAGAUAUUAGAUCUAAGGAGCUAUUAUGAAUAUGUUAUUUAGCUUUCUAGAGUUUUGGUUUUCUUUUUUAAUGUUCUUUUAGUAAUUAUGUAAUUUUGAAGUAUGACA